AUGACGCCUGCACGCGCCCCUGUCCCUCAGACUCCUCAUGACUCUCAGAUCAUCCUGAUGAGCACAGGAGCAGCCACACAGUCCAGUUUACUUCAGGAAAGUCCAAAACAAGAUGCCUCCUCUUCCUCCUCCUCCUCUUCCUCGUCAGCGCUGCACUAUCUGUUCCAGGAAGUGUCUAAGCUGACCUCUCCCAUCCACAGCAGCUUCAUAGAGACGGGCCACACAGAGGACGUCUUAUGUCCUGAGAGUGUCCCUCACAAACCGCUCUCUACUCUGGUCAAAAAUGUCCAAAGCCCCUUAAAAGUCCUGAGUCUGAUAAAUCUACAGUGUGAGCGGCUCCUGCACCAAAGUGAAGACGACGCUGACCACAGCUCUCUGCUGUUUUUCUCAGAUUUUGGCUUCUCAAAGCCAGCGGAGGAUUUACCGGACACUGCACAGCCCUUAAACUGUGAGAGUAACUCUCUCAGACAAUCAGACAGUCGUCUUAAAAAAGGUUGUAGUCCAGAAGAUUCUGAGACAAAGAAAUGUCCCGUGAGUUUCCCUGUUAAAGCAGAAGGAGCUAAAAGCACCGCAGACACACCUCAGACUCCAGAGCUGCGGUUCACUGUUGGUCUGGACCUGAGCAGUGACUGGACAGAGGAGAGUCUCUCCACACAACACACAUUUUAUGACUUUUUACCUGAGGCUCUUUGCACUGACGAACAUCUGAGCUUCAGUCCAGAUGAAGCUCUGUGUGCUUCAGAGACGUCGCUGCCCCAAGAUCAUAAUGCAAACAUAUGUUUGAGUCCAGAUGAAGCUCUGUGUGCUUCAGAGACAUCGCUGCCCCUAGAUCAUAAUGCAAACAUAUGUUUGAGUCCAGAUGAAGCUCUGUGUGCUUCAGAGACAUCGCUGCCCCUAGAUCAUAAUGCAAACAUAUGUUUGAGUCCAGAUGAAGCUCUGUGUGCUUCAGAGACAUCGCUGCCCCUAGAUCAUAAUGCAAACAUAUGUUUGAGUCCAGAUGAGCCUCAUAAAGGCCCUGUAGAGUCAGCGGACUCUCAGUUUUACCCUCGGUCAUGUAGCCCAUCUGAACAGAAACCACAGAAUAUUAAAGUGACCCCUGGCUCUGCGUGUGACGACUCGUCAGAGGACGUCCCGACGCCUCAGACUGUGGGAGGAGGAGACGAAGCCUCUGCUGAGCUCACGUCUGCAGAGAAACGCACAAGUGCAUCGUGUGAGGAGCAGUGCGCCCUCUGGAGGUCAAAGAGGAGGAAACAGCCUCGGCCCAGUCGCAGCGCCUCAGUGCAGGACCCGGACUUCCAGGGCGUCACAUUUCGGAUGGACACGGAGCUGGACGACGCCGAGGGGCAGUGCCGGCUCCGCAUCACUUCACAAUACAGCACAGAUCUCCCCAAGAGUCUAAAGAGGACGAGGCUGAGAACAAGGACGUCCCAGAAGUCUCUGAAAACCAGCUCUGAUGACGACAGUGACUCUGCCUCUAGUGAAGCCAAGGACAAAGUGUGUGCGUCCUGCUGCACAAAGAAAACCCCCAUGUGGCGAGAUGCUGAGGACGGGACGCCGCUGUGCAACGCCUGUGGGAUCAGGUAUAAGAAGUACAGAGUGCGUUGCAUAAACUGCUGGAAUAUCCCAAAGAAAGAUGGAAACUCGGUCUCGCGUUGCAGCCGAUGUGGACACUUUGUGAGGCUGACGUCUGCGCAGAGACGACCCACCGUCUGACACACACACACACACACACACACACACACAGAGCCAUGAAACUAUUUAUUCUACUGUUAAAAUACACACUAAUACUACAGAUUAUAUGCAAGGAACAGUAAGUACUAGUUACUUUAAUAUUUAUCUAAAAUGUGUUUUAUUGAAUUGUAAAAGAUGGAAGUGAAAUCAGUUUCUCACGAUGUUUUGUGAAUGUGUUUAAAGAACAGCUCCCUCUGGUGUUCAGUGACUGUAUUGCAUUAACCCU